GUCAACACCCACGAACCCUGAACGACCCCGCCUGAAACAGAGCCCUGCAAAUGGGAGAAGCUCUUAUAACCUCCUGCCUUUACCCAGCCAAUGAAGUCGCCUGAAAUAGGGCGGUGAGAACAUCUCGACCCACUCAACUUCAGUAAAGUUCUGUAACUUCUGUCAAAGAAACUCGGCGCUGGUGGAGUGGAGUGUCUUCUGGACCCGUUGUCAGUGUGGAUGAGACCAACCAUGGCGCCCAGUCAGGGUUCCAGGAUGCUCAGUAAAGAUGAUGCGAAUGAUAAACUUCACUUUCGGAUGAUAAACGAGCAACAAGUGGAGGAUAUCACCAUUGAUUUCUUCUACAAACCGCAUACCAUUACGUUACUGACGUUCACCGUCGUCAGCAUAAUGUACUUUGCGUUUACGAGGGAUGAUGGUGAUUCUGAUAAUAACCUGCGUGUGGGUCUACUGCUGGUUGGCUCUUUCUUUCUUGUUAUCAGUGUUCUUGCCUUCCCCAACGGUACAGUCAUUGUUCAUUUGCUUCUCAGUUAGGGCUGGACAAUAAUUCAAUAUCAAUA